UUUUUCCCACUUUUCCCGUUUUUCCCGCUUUUCCUACCGUCGGAUUCCAUAGCAAAAAACCACUGGACAAACGAAGCUUUAUAACAAAAAGCCAGGCACUGAAAACAUGGAAAAAAUUCCGAUUCUUUUUCCUUUUUUUCCCUUUUUUUCUGUGUUUUGAGAGUUUUUUCAUUGUUUUUUUCUCUUUUUUUUGUCGUUUCAGCUUAAUUUUUAUCGCCGCCGUUGCAUCACAAGGAACGAGAAUGAAAAAAGGCCACAGUUCAUCAUUUUCACCAUUUACAGAAGGUUUGUCCCCAAAAAAAACACCCCCAAAAUUCCCAAAAAUUAAAAAAAAUUGGGAAUAACCGGCGCCGAUUCCCGGGAAAAAAAAAAGAAGGGAAAAAAACACCCAAAAAUGCCUUAAAAAAACCCAAAAAAUUGGAAUUUUUCCUUUUCCAAUUCCCACUUUUUUCCCUUUGGAGUUUUCCCGAGUUUUUCCUUCUAAUUCCACAUUUCCAGGAAAAAAAAUGGGAUUUGAUGGGAAAAAUGGGAAAAAAAUGGGAAAAAAUCCAAAAUUUCCCUCAAAAAACCCCCGAAAACUCCCUAAAAAAACCCAAAAAUUUGGAAUUUUUCCUUUUCCAAUUCCCACUUUUUAUCCUUGGGAAUUUUCCCGAGUUUUUCCUUCUUCUAAUUCCAAACUUCCGGAAAAAAUUGGGAUUUGAUGGGAAAAAAAUGCAAAAUUUCCCUCAAAAAAACCCCCCAAAAUGCCCUAAAAAACCCAAAAAUUUGGAAUUUUUCCUUUUCUGCUUCCAAGUUUUUUUUCCCUUUGGAAUUUUCCCGAGUUUUUCCUUCUAAUUCCACAUUUCCAGGAAAAAAAAAUUGGGAUUUGAUGGGAAAAAAUUGGGAUUUGAUGGGAAAAAAUCCAAAAUUUCCCUCAAAAAAAAACCCCACAAACUCCCUAAAAAAACCCAAAAAUUUGGAAUUUUUCCUUUUCCGAUUCCCACUUUUUUUCCUUGGGAAUUUUCCUGAUUUUUUCCUUCGAAUUCCACAUUUCCAGGAAAAAAAAUGGGAUUUUGGUUGUUUUUUUUUAAUUUUUCCUCCCAGGAGGAAUAAAAUCAUUCCUGGAUUUAUCAAUUCCUUUGGAAUUCUCAGCUGGGAUGGGAAAAAAACAGGAAAAACUGGGAAAAAGCAGAAAAAAACCGGGAAAAAUUGGGAAAAAACAGGAAAAAUCUUGGAUUUCUCCCCCUUUUUAUCCCAUUUUUUUUCCCCCAGGAAAAGAAUUCCCGGAUUUUUUUCCAUCAGGAAUUUGGGAAUAAACCCAGGAAGUUUUCCCAUCAUUCCCAUCCUUGGAAUCCCAAUAAAACGCUGGAAAACACGGAAUAAAAACCACAGGAAAAAAUCCAACUUUGCCAUCCACAAUUCCCCAAAAAUUCCAAUUUUUUUUCCCAUAAAAUUGAUAAAAUUCCUUUUUUUUUUUUUUUCCAGAUGCUUUUUCCCAAUUUUUUUCCCAUUUUUUUCCCGGGACUCUGGAAUUGGCGAACGAGGAUUUCUGGGAUUUAUUUGGGGAGGAUUAAGGGAUGGAAAAUUCCAGGAUUUUAGGGCUAAAAAUGGGGAAAAUUCCAGGUUUUGGGGGGAUUUUGGGAGGGAAAAUUGAAAAUUCCAGGAUUUUAGGGCUGGAAAAGGGGAAAAUUCCAGGAUUUUAGGGCUUAGAAAGGGAGAAAUUCCAGGUUUUGGGCUGGAAAACGGAAAAUUCCAGGAUUUUAGGGCUAAAAAUGGGGAAAAUUCCAGGAUUUUAGGGCUGGAAAAAGGAAAAUUCCAGGAUUUUAGGGCUAAAAAUGGGGAAAAUUCCAGGAUUUUAGGGCUGGAAAAGGGAAAAUUCCAGGAUUUUAGGGCUAAAAAGGGGGAAAAUUCCAGGAUUUUAGGGCUAAAAAGAGGGAAAAUUCCAGGUUUUUGCAAGAGAAAAAGGGAAAAAUCCGGGAUUUUGGGAUGGACGGGGAAAACUCGGGAUCGGGAUUCACUCGGAGCUGUCGGAAAUCUGGGAAUUCCUUGGAUAAAUCCCGACAAUUCCUGGAAUUUUCCCCCUCCUGGCCAAAGUGCAACGAAAUUCCGGAAUUUUAAGGCUCUUUAUGGACCAUCCCAAAAAUCCGCUUUUUUUUUUGUUUUUCCCCAAAAAAACCCGGGAAAACUCUGGGAAAAUAAAAAAACCCCGGAAUUCCCGAGGAAUUUCAGACCCCCCCCACCCCAAAAUCCGGGAAUUUUGCCGAUGGAACGAAACCAUUGGAAAGGCACGGCGGUAACGUCGGAAAAUCGGGAAAAAUCCCGCGGGGUCGCCAAAAUUCCGGCUUUUUUUUCCCUUUCCCUCCCCCCAAAAAAAACCCCGGAUCCAGGCAGGCUCUGGCUAUUCCCAAAAAAAUCCAAAACACCAAAAAAAAAACCGGGAAAAGAGGAAAAGAAGCCCCGAAAAAUUCCGUAUUUACAAUAAAAUUUUUUUUUUUCCGUUUUUUUUCCGUUUUUUUGUAAAAAAUCCUUCCUAUAAUUUUUUUUUUUGUUGUUUUUCCCUUUUUUUUUAUAUUUUUUCUUCCGGUUUUUUUUCCAGGAGCUUCCCAAAAAAAAAAAAAAAACGGGAAAGGAAGGAAAACAAAACUUUUCCGUCAUUUUCCACUAAAUUUCUGAUAUAGAUUUAUAUAUAUAUUUAUAUUUAUAUAUUUUUUUUUGUAUAAGAUCCAUAAUUUUUUUUUUUAUUUUUAUUUUUUUUCCUACCCUAUGGAAUGGCUAAAAACGACAUCGGAAUUUUUUUUUUUUCCUUUCUUCCCAUCCGUUCUCCGCUGGUUUCCGGGAAUAUUUCCGGGAAUAUUUCCGGGAAUUUUGUAUUUUUUUUUUUUCUCGUCGUUCUUUUCUUGAUUUUUAAUUUUUUUUUUCCUCUUUUUUUCGGAAGUAGUUUUAUUUUUAAUUAUUUGAUCAUUAUUGCAAGUUGAAAUUAAAUAUUUUUAUUUUUUUUUUUGUUUUCCUCAGCUUUUAGAAAUCCGGGAAUUUUUUUUUUUUAAUUUUUUAAUUUUUUUAAAGGAAUUUUUUUCCUUUUUUUUUAAAUUUUUUUUUUGCAGAAUUUUUUUUUUGUAGAAU